AUGUCGUCCACCAGCAACGCCUCCAUUGACAAGUUCAACGGAGACAAUUACGCAACGUGGAGCCGGUACAUGCGCGGUGUGUUUUUGACGAAGUCCGUCUGGCACGUUGUCAACCGUGAAGUGACUCCGACUUUCACCGACCCGCGAGCGUCCGAUGACUACGUCAAGGCAAGCAACGUCGCGUUUGGUAUGAUGCUGCUGCACAUGAACGCGGACUACCAUCAUGUGCUGGACAACUGCGAGGAAGCCUGGGUUGCGUGGACAAGUCUGAAGACGCUGUACGGUGGGUCGCAGAAGGCAGGACGCAUCUACCUCAAGCGACAACUUUUCAGUAUCAAGAUGGCUGAAGGCGCGAACGUCAUGCAUCACUGCAACGAGGUCCUUAACAUCUCCGCCAAGCUUAGCGGCAUCGGUGCGAAGAUGGAAGACGAAGACGUUGCAAUUUGUCUGCUACUCAGUCUUCCGAAGAGCUACGAAAAUGUGGUGCUCAACAUGGAAAUGAGCAGCACCGAGCUUCGCACUCAAGAUGUGGUGAGAGUCCUGACGAAUGAGCAUGCCAAGCGUCAAGGAGCAAAAGGGACAACGACAGCGACUACGGUGAAGGCUGAAGAUGCAAGCAAGGCAUUCAGCGCCGAGCGUGAGCCCUACCAAUGCACGUAUUGUGGCAAGGUGGGACACACGGUGGAUCGUUGCUGGACAAAGCAGAAGAACGAAGGUCGGGGAGCCCGACGCGGCGGCAAUGGUCGUGGACGCGGGGCUAACAAUGUCCAGUGGGAACAUCAUGAUGAAGGCAAUGGCUACGAUCGAGUGGCGUUUGCAGUCUCGUUCGAAUGUGGAGUUUCGACGAGCAAGGACGUGUCUGGAAUGGGGGCCGUCGACAGUGGUGCAACGCACCACAUUUGCCACGACAAGACCAAGUUCGCAAGUUUGGCAGAGCGCAAUGAGGGCGAACUCUUGGUGGCUGAUGGCAACAAGGUGGCCAUCAAGGGUGUGAGAACCAUCAUGGAAAAGGUGGUUCUGCCCAACGGUGAAGAGCGUGAGAUCGAAAUCUAG